AUGUCUUCACCCACCAGUAAGACGUCAGUGAUCAUGCCACGCCACACGAUGCAAGGUCAUACAAGACAGGUUAACGGCGUUGUGCACUUGCCUGACGGACGACACAUCAUCACAUGUUCGUCGGACGGCUCACUCCGACCAUGGGACCUGGAGAGCGGCACACAGAUAGACGAGGACUGGCGAGAUGAUGAUAACGUAGUAUUUCGAUCUAUUGCAUUGUCUCCAAACGGCAAGACAAUUGCAAGUGGAGACUAUGACGGGAAAGUGAGGUUGUGGGAUGUCGAGACGAAGAAAGUCAUUGCCAGAUGGACAGGACACGCCCAUAUUGUGCAAUCAUUGUGCUGGAGUGCAGAUGAUAAGCGAGUGGCAAGUGGGUCCUGGGACGGGACAGCAAGAGUCUGGGAUGUCAAGAGAGGCAAGACUGUUCUGGAAAUCAAAACCAGUCACGCCCGGGUGAAUGCAGUGAUGUACUCGCCUGACUCGUCAAAACUUGCCACGGGCGGACAUGAUGAGAACGCUGUAAAAAUCUGGGAUGCGAAAACGGGCAAGCGUCUCAAAACACUCAAACACUCAAACACAGUUCGCAGCUUGGCAUGGACGUCGUCUGAUGGGAAUAGACUUAUAUCUGAUUCUUCUGAUGACCAGAUGCGGAUAUUCGACACUGCCACUUGGCAGCAAAUCGCUAUUCUUGAAGGUCACACAAGCCAUGUUACUGCCGUCUCCUUGUCUCAGAACAACCGCCUCCUUGCAAGUGCAUCUUAUGAUAAAACAGCACGUCUGUGGAAUCUUGACACCAACCUUCCAGUCGGGCCACCACUCCAGCAUGAUGAAGCUUUGUGGUUCGCAGCCCUUUCCCCUGAUGCAAAGGUGCUAGUCACUGGUUGCGAAAAAACAAACGCGUACACUUGGGACGUUCAUGCCAUCCUCAGAGAAGCUGGCCUUGAGGAUCUACUUUCCAUUGGUCCUAAUAUUGUCACAGCACCGAAAGAGAGACUUGAACAGAAGGAGUCCCAAGAUGACUCAGGAAUACAACACACACCUCGCUCUUCGCUCAGUGACAAAUCAUUUUUGGAAGCUGAUGCUACGCGGUGUCCUGGCCAGUUCGACGGUAUAGACGAACUUUCGCCAACGUUUUUUGAUGGCAUGGAAGCCCAUUUUGAUUCCUCCUCAACUGGUGCUGCACAUCCCCAUUCCUCUGCGAAUGCAUUCCUAGCUCACCUUUUCUCGUUCCUCCACCACUUUCGAUCCGACAAUGAUGAAACGACUGAACCUCCGCACCCUUCAAGGCCCUUGGCGUUCCGUCUACGCGCACUCCUCGCUCGCCUGUCCACACUCAUUCACCGCUUUUCACCUGAGAAUGAUUCACCAAAUGAACUCCAGCAAUCCCCCACGACUUUGCGAUUUGAUCCACGUGUACUACUUGUCCGUCUUGCCUCCUCACUUUCUACCCGAUCUCGGCUCAACACCAACGAAGAAGCCGAACAUCGUCCCACAACGCCAUCGACUUCGCAUCCAAAUGCACUCAUCAGCCGACUGUCCUCAUUCUUCCGCUCUCAACCCCACACCGACGAAAACAUAGAACUUUCGCAACGUCCAAGUCGUCCUCACGUUGUCGAAGUGGCUGCAGUACGGGACAAGCAGGCUUUGUUUGUUGCUCGGGGGCCAAAAUUCAAGAGAGCAAGACGAGAAUAUGAGCGACAAAACCAAGCUCAGGCGUCGUCAUCACGCAUCCAGCCUGCCCAUGCUUCAACAUUGGCGACACCUCCUGCUUCAGGUACUAGCACUACCACAGCGGGUGCAGCAACCCCGCAGUCACCACCCAUCCCAUGGUGGGCUCAGAUCGUGCUAUUCAUUUGCUGCGCAUCUCCACAUAUCAAUGGUCAUUGA